GUAAAUCAUUGUCUAGUAGUCUAUCUAUGAGAAUAUUCAAUUACAUUCGAGUAUGCAAUUUUAUCGUUCUUUUUUUUAUUAUAUUACAUGUAAAUAACCUUCGAUUUAACAGUACUAUUUUUUAAAAUAAAAAAAUCGUAUUCAAACCUUACAUAACCUACAAAAUCAAGCACUUUCUUAAAUUUCCAAAAAUUCUUUUCACAGAUUUAUUCUAAAUAUUUAUAAAUAUUUUUUUGUUGAAAUCCUUUUUUUAAUAGACCUAUUAAUAGACUAAAAUUAAUAAUAUUUUUGCUUUUUGUUGAAUGGCAGUGGCAAUAAUCGAGUUUGAUAAAACCACGUGGUAGAUGGCAAGCGAGUAUCUUGCGAAGUUUUCCUCAUUGACUCAUUUUGUGUUCAUGUGCUUACGCGUGCUUACGUGUGUGUGAUUAGAAAUUUGUGCAAAAAUCGCGAAAUACAGCGUGAAAAGUGUUUGAUCCUGUCCAAAAAUGCCCUUUUCCAGCCUCCAAGCAGUUGUCCUGGCCGCCGGGACGGGUACGAGGUAUCCAGAGCUGACAAGUGGGAUUCCUAAAUGUCUAAUGCCGGUGGGACCUUUUCCCAUGAUCUGGUAUCCCCUGAAUACACUCCAGAAAUCCGGAUUCCAGGGUGCCACGGUGGUUGUGCUAGAGACGCAAAAGUCAGAGAUUCAGCAGGCUCUAGAGAAGACUCCGCUGACGAUCAAGGUGGACUUUGCCACCAUCCCGGCGGACUCUGACUUUGGCACCGCCGAAUCCCUGGUUCACAUCCAGCACAGGAUUGACCGUGACAUCGUGGUGAUGUCCUGUGAUUCUGUCACGAAUUUCGACCUGGAACCCCUCGUGUCCAUGUUCGAUCAGAAUGACGCUACCCUGGCCACGAUGUUUUUCGACGCUGAGACUCUUCCAUCUAUCCCAAUUCCUGGGCCCAAAUCCACAAAACAGGUCAAUGAGAGGGAACUUGUAGGCGUUCAUUUAGCUACAAAUAGGCUCCUCUUCACUGGAUACUUCAGUGACUACGAGGAGAGUUUUGAUGUUUCCGGAAGGCUGCUGCGAAAGUUUGGUCGGGUGUGUAUGUUUACCCGGCUCCUUGAUUCUCAUAUUUACGUGAUGAAGCGCUGGGUGGUGGACUUCCUGGCCAACAGCCGACACUUUGGAACCAUUAAGAAUGAACUCCUGCCGUAUCUCGUGAAGAAGCAACUGUCAAAGCCCAAGGUGCCUCCGGAAAGUGAGGGAGGAGCCUCAGAAUACAACGUUAAUGUCAAAUUGGAUGACAUCUUUCACUACGCCUGUGAUGGAGACGUCCUGAAGAGGAUCAAGGAGAAGACCAACAAAAGCACUCCCUACAGCUCAGACAUCAUCAAAGUAUUUGCCAAAAUGGUGCCUAAAGAGUUCUUCGGGCUCCGCGUCAACACCAUCAGCAACUACUGCGUGGCCAACAAGAGCAUCCUCGGUGAUUGGGAGAACAUUAUGGGAUCCACAGCGCCCCCUCUUAUUUCCCCAUCUUGCGACAACAAAUGCACCCAAAUGAAUCUCUGUGCUGUGGCUGAGGGAAGCAUCAUUGGGGAGAAGACCUCCCUCAAGAGCUGCAGCAUUGCCUCCAAUUGUACCAUCAAUCCCAAGACACGCAUCACAGACUCCAUCAUCAUGAAGGGAGUAACGAUUGAGGAGGGAGUAGUUAUCGAUAGUUGCAUCAUCUGCGAAAAUGCCAUUGUACGACAGGGAUCAGAACUCAAGAACUGCAUCGUUGGACGCUUCUAUGUCGUUCAGGAUCAGACCAAGGCUGAAAAAAUGCUCCUAGCCCAUUCUGAAGCCUGUAUCGAAAUCUAGCCGGAUUCUUACCUUCUUUUUUUAAUCGUGAUGUGAGACUGAGGAUUUGUUUAAUAUUUCUUACUGAUCAUUUCUCUUCAUUGUUUUUAAGAAUCUUCUUUUGAAUAAAAUCCGUGCAGCAUUC